AUGAACGCCAUGUUGAUGAUUGAGUCUCCUAGUGAUCCUCAUAGUGAUUCUCCUAGUGAUCCUCAUAGUGAUUCUCCUAGUGAGUCUCCUAGUGAUCCUCAUAGUGAUUCUCCUAGUGAUCCUCCUAGUGAUCCUCCUAGUGAUUCUCCUAGUGAUCCUCAUAGUGAUUCUCCUAGUGAGUCUCCUAGUGAUCCUCAUAGUGAUUCACCUAGUGAUCCUCAUAGUGUUUAUCCUAGUGAUUCUCCUAGUGAUUCUCCUAGUGAUUUUCCUAGUGAUUCCUCCCCUAGUGAUUCUCCUAAUUCUCCUAGUGAUUCUCCUAGUGAUCCUCAUAGCGAUUCUCCUAGUGAUUCUCCUAGUGAUCCUCCUAGUCAUCCUCAUAGUGAUCCUCCUAGUGAUCCUCCUAGUGAUCCUCCUAGUGAUUCUCCUAGUGAUCCUCAUUGUGAUUCUCCUAGUGAUCCUCAUAGUGAUCCUCAUAGUGAUUCUCCUAGUGAUCCUCAUAGUGAUUCUCCUAGUGAGUCUCCUAGUGAUCCUCAUAGUGAUUCUCCUAGUGAUCCUCAUAUUGAUUUUCCAAGUGAUUCUCCUAGUGAUUCUCCUAGUGAUUCUCCUAGUGAUCCUCAUAGUGAUCCUCAUAGUGAUCCUCCCAGUGAUCCUCCUAGUGAUUCUCCUAGUCAUACUCAUAGCGAUUCUCCUAGUGAUGGUCUUAGUGAUUCUCCUAGUGAUUCUCCUAGUGAUCCUCAUAGUAAUUCUCCUAGUGAUUCUCCUAGUGAUCCUCAUAGUGAUUCUCCUAGAUUCUCCUAG